AUGAGUCUCACAGCCAUCCCGUAUAACCGGGCGCAAACCACCGGCAACAUCCUCUUCGCCACUCGCGGCGGCAAGAUUCACUCAUUCAACCUCUCAGACCACCAACACAUAUCAACAUGGCAACACCCCGAUGUAGAAAAGUACAAAAGCAACAGCGAUUCAAAUCAAGAGCCGCAAAAUGAGAUUCCUCAAACAACGGAACCGGAAAAUAUCUCUGCCACGGAAGAAAGUGAGCCACCGGCCAAGAGACAAAAGACCGCGGAAGGCGAUUUAAACGAAGAGGCAGCAGUUGCGGAACCCGCAGGGCAAGGGAAUGCCCAAAAUAAAGGUAAAGGUGGAAAGGGAAAGACAAAGGUCAAGAAUGACAACCACGGCGAUAGAUCACGAAUGGGGAGAGUGGUAGACCGCCCGCUCAUCACACUCAUGACUUGCACCGAUGAUGGGAAUCACUUGAUUGCAGUAUCGGGACAUGACAAGACUGUCUGGGUAUUUGAACACGAUGGCGAAGGCCAACUUACUCAACUCAGCCAAAGAGCCAUGCCCAAGCGACCCAGCGACAUCACCACCGGUCCAGGCUCGCAAAUCAUCAUUGCCGAUAAAUUCGGCGACGUCUACUCCAUCCCACUCCUCAUGACGCCCCUAUCACCAUCAGCCCUUGCUCUUCGCACCUCAACACCCAAACAGUCAACCACCGAACCAGCCGCCAACACAUUCACCGUCCACUCCAAGCGCAAUCUAGCAGCCCUAGAGCACCAGCGCAAGCAGCUCGAGCAGGAAAAAUCCAAGGGCGGCAAAUCGAAAUCCGAAGAACCCAGCUUCGAAUCAAACCUAUUACUUGGUCAUGUCUCCAUGUUGACGUCUCUUCUAGUCACAGAGACCCAAGGACGCAAGUACAUCCUCACAGCCGACAGGGACGAGCACAUCCGCGUAUCACGCUAUAUCCCACAAGCCCACAUCAUCGAGGGCUUCUGUCUCGGCCACACAGAAUUCAUAAGUGACAUGACUAUCCCGCUGGGCACAGAGGAUAUUCUCGUUUCUGGAGGCGGAGACGAAGAGCUAUUCGUCUGGAAUUGGAAGGAGGGGAGAAUCCUCUCCAAGACAAAUCUCUUGUCUUUGGUACAGGAGAUUGCACCACAGGCAGGCAAGGUUGCUGUAUCGGCGUUGACAUCGCUGGUGUAUCCUGAGGAUGAAGGGCUGACAUAUGUUCUUGCAAUUUGUGAAGACGUAAAAGCCAUCUUCACCUGGCAACUCACAACAGAAAAUGAGCUCAAAAAUCCAGGCAUCAUCCAACUUCCUUGCAAUCCACUCCACAUCACCAUCGCCUCCAGCACCAGCGAGUCGAUUCCCAAGCUCAUCGUGGCCAUGGACCCGGGCCAGAAUGCAAACGUCAAGAGUUUGCACGCAUAUACACUUGCACGCACUGAAAACCGAUUGUCCUCUGAUGUAGAAAUCCCUAUCCAUGGACAGAGCAGUGACGGCCCAGAGAUGCAAGUUUCUGAAAGCGAAAUUCGCAACAUGUUUUAUUCGGUUGAAAACUUGCGCAAGCAGGGAGGCGGAGGCGAGGAAGGGGGAGCAGACUCUGUUGCAGAAGGCACAGGAGAGGUAGACGCUAGUCCUGCGCCAGAGGCACAAUGA